GACGACAUCGUGUGUGCUGCUGGUAGAUUACUAGCUAGUCAUUUACAGCUUCUUCCACUUCGCAGCACAUCCAGAUAAACGCUAGAGAUGUUGCUGUGUGCUCUCGGGGGCCUGCUGCUGCUCUUCUCCUGUCUGGAUGUGUGGUACUUCCUGCGGGGUGUGGUGGUGGUGGUGCAGGCCUGGUUCCAACCCCCGGUCUGGGACGUCCUGGCAGAGCAGAGUGUUGCUGGGAGGGUCCUACCUCAUGACCUGGACUAUAUGGGUCACAUGAAUAACGCCAGAUACCUGCGGGAGUGUGACUUCGCCAGGUUCCACUAUUACAUGCGAAACGGGAUCUUUAAGGCCCUACGGACCCUGAAGGCCACCAUGGUGGUGGGGGCUCACUAUUGCUACCGACGCUCGCUGGCCUUCGGGGGCAUUGACUUGCGCACUCGCAUCGUGGCAUGGGACGACAAGUUCUUCGUGGAGCAGCGGUUUGUCUCCCAGGGCGACGGGUUCAUCUCCGCGGUGAUGCUAUGCAGACAGAACGUUCUCCGUAGCAACCCUGAGAGCACACAGCUGCUCUGCAAGAGGAAGGUGGAGUGUCCCGACCCUGAGGAUCUGCAACAUUGGAUCAGCUUCAUCUCCCAGCAGCCAGGCCCUGAGAGCCAGAGUGGACUAGAGGACAAAGCUGGAGCACAGGAAGACAAAGACAAGUGAUUCACACAUUCCUUGAGUAGCUCUAACGUCACACAUCGUUGUAGCCCGGCUCCAAGCACACCUGAUUCAACUCAUCUGCUUAUCAUUCAGCUGUUGAUGAGUUGAAUCAGGUGGGGCCUAGAUGACAUGACUGACGGCUCCUCAGAAUACAGGAACUAAACUGACAUGACUGACAGCUCCUCAG